CCGCUGCUCCAACCUCCCAGCACCACCUGCAGCGAGCCGGAAAGCCACCUCCCUCCCCCAUCGUUCUCACGCUCUUCGCGCUCGCCGCCUCCCCUUGCGCGUGCGUGCCCAUGGCGUCCAUCGCCGGGUCCGCCCCCUCCUUCGCCAGGCCCGUCAAGGCAACCACCACGAAAUCACUCUCUCUCGCACCUGCGAGGAAAGGUAAUGCAAUCCUGCGCCUGCAGCUAGUGCCGAUGAGAUUUGCUGUUUGCUGCACCGCCAAAAAGGAUACAGUGGACAAGGUUUGUGAAAUUGUGAAGAAGCAGCUUGCUCUUGCUGACGACGCUACUGUUUCUGGUGCAUCUAAGUUCUCUGAACUUGGUGCUGAUUCGCUGGACACGGUCGAGAUAGUGAUGGGCCUCGAGGAGGAGUUCAAGAUCAGCGUGGAAGAGUCAAGCGCGCAGUCCAUCGCGACGGUCGAGGACGCCGCCGAGCUCAUUGACAAGCUUAUUGCUGAAAAAUCGUCUUAAAUAAAAAAUGCAUAUGCUGGAGCUCGUAAUCUAGUUGCACCUUGGCUCUUACCCUUGCCCUACCACUCUCCCCUGACCUUGUUUUUUUAUGCUCUGAAGGCGUGGUGAUUUUCUCCGGACUGUUGUCCACUGUGUCGUAAUAGUACCGAGAUAUUUCAAGCUAUUGAACAUUCUGAUGUUCUACUC